AUGAUAAAAGACAAAGAAGCCUUCCAGAGACUCAAUUUUCUUUACCAGGCAGCACAUUGUGUCUUGGCACAAAACCCAGACAAUCAGGAGCUGGCUCGUUUCUAUUGCCAUACGCAGAACAGCAUCAGCCGACGCCUCGUCUUAAGACAGGAUCCCUCUGUGAAACGAACCAUCUGUAAAUCCUGUUUCUCCCUUCUCGUCCCUGGAGUCAGCUCAACUGUACGCCAGAGAAAGCGCCGUCAUCAGCGGUGGACCGUUGUGAGGUGUCUCAACUGCGGCUUAACCAAGCGGUUCCUCAGCAACCCUGAUUAUAAAUUGUGGUCAGAGCAACCUGAGGCAUUAUUGGAGAACCAGACUGUGGCCAGUGAAGGAGUGAAAGGUCAGACGCCCAGCACAAUGCAGCAUCCCCUCAAAAUUUGCCCCACAGAGAAGGCAACAGGCUUGAGCUCUGAGCCUCACAAUCACCCUGCCUCUGGGGAGACUGCAGUGAGCACCAAAGAGAAGGAGAAGAAGGGUCCAACUGGGAAGUGA